AUGUCUCAAAGAAAACUUCAACAAGAUAUCGAUAAAUUACUUAAAAAGGUAAGAGAAGGUUUAGAAGAUUUUGAAAUCAUUUAUGAAAAAUUUCAAUCCACUGAACCAUCAAAUUCAUCAUAUAGAGAAAAAUUAGAAGCUGAUUUAAAAAGAGAAAUUAAAAAAUUACAAAAACAUAGAGAACAAAUUAAAACUUGGCUAAGUAAAGACGAUGUUAAAGAUAAAACUUCCAUCCUAAUGGAAAAUAGAAGAUUGAUAGAAAAUGGUAUGGAAAGGUUCAAAGCUGUAGAAAAAUUAAUGAAAACGAAACAAUUCUCUAAAGAAGCUUUAACAAAUCCGGAUAUUAUUACUGAUCCAAAAGAAUUGAAAAAAAGAGAUCGAUUAAAUUUUAUUGAAGAAUGUUUAGAGGAAUUGCAAAAACAAUUGGAAUCUCACGAAGCUCAAGAUGAUCAAGAACAAGUGGAAAGACAUGAAUUCCAUAUAUCUAAUUUGGAAAAUAUUUUGAAAUUGGUUCAAAAUGGUGAUAUGGAACCAGAAACUGUUGAUGAAUAUGAAGAAGAUAUUAAAUAUUAUGUGGAAAAUAAUGAAGAUCCAGAUUUUGUAGAAUAUGAUACAAUAUACGAGGAUAUGGGUUGUGAAGUGGAUCCUGAUGCUUCCACAAGUAUUAUCAAUAAUGCUACUACGUCAGCUGUACCUGAAAAACAAGACCGUACACCGAAAAAAGUACAACCAAUAAAACGUGUUUUGAAAAGUACACCAAAUGUGAUGCUUCCAUCACCUACUGUUUCUACUCCAGUAUCUGCAUCUCCAUCUCCUGCACCAUCUUCCCUUUCAAACAAAAAGCAAACAGCGGAAUCGGAUAACACGUUUACCAAAGAUACCAAAGAUACUAAAGAUACCAAAGAGACCAGUUCUGAAGUAACAAAGACUAUCGAUGCUAAUACUGCUAAUGUUGAAGAAAUGAAAAAAACCACUGAUACAGAAGAUAUCGAUGGAAGACUGAAAUUAAAAUAUCCACCUGACAGAACGGAAGAAAUUGAAGAAAUUAUUAAGCAUGAUGUGGAAAACAAUAAAGCAUUCCAAAAUCCUCUAUUUAAAAAUGAAUUGGAAUUUUGGAUAAAUACAAAGAAACAAUUAUUACAACCAUAUAAGGAAAUGCCCAAUAAAAUGGUUUCGCAAUUGGAAUCCUCCCUAUUAAAUUGUCCUGACUCAUUGGACGCUGAUUCACCAUAUCUCUAUCAAAUUCCAUUAUCAUUACCCCAUCCAACCUCCAUUUUCUUCCCGAAUGAACCUAUUAGAUUUGUGUAUCCAUUCGAUAUAAAUACUCCUGUAGAAAAUAACAUUAACAACAAUGAUAAUAGUGCCAAUGCAAUAAGCGAUACAGAAAAUUUGAACAAAAAGCAUUAUGAAGAUAUGUAUUCAAGAACAUCUUUAGCAAAAAUAUAUACUAAAUUUGAUCUCGAUACAUUAUUUUUCAUUUUCUAUCAUUACCAAGGAACUUAUGAUCAAUUUUUAGCAUCAAGAGAAUUAUCCAAAAAUAGAGAUUGGAAAUACAACAAGGUAGAUUAUUGUUGGUAUUAUAAAGAAAUUGAAAAACUACCACCAGGAGCUAAUUAUAACAAAGAUGAAGAAGAAUCAUGGAGAUAUUUCGAUUAUAAGAAAAGUUGGCUAUCAAGACGUUGCGGUAAUGAUUUUGUAUAUAAAGAAGAAGAUUUCGAAAAACUAUAG